GCAGACGGUCCCACACAGCCAAAGCUGAUACAUUCGCUCAGGGAAUAAAUUUCUAUAAACCGCGAGGCUGUUUCUUUACAGGAAUACCACUUGAUCGUGGACGCAUGUGAGCGUGCACAUACCAGACCGGGACUGUACACUAUGGCUCUGACACAAGUGCGGCUAUCUCUGCCUCUGCUCCUCUGACCACAGAGAAAGUCUCUGGAUCUCCUUUGCGAAGGCAGCUAUUUAUGUGUUCCCUCCAUUGACUAACAUCCAAAUAUUACUGGACAUAUUCUACGGAUGGUGACCGCGGACUGGACUACCUGUUUUCAGCUGAUUCGCUCAAUGCGAAGGGAAGGGACUGGAAGACUUGCGCCCGCUGCCUUUUCUCUGGUUUAAAUAAGGCACGUUGGAGAUAACUGAAAAUCGAGAAGGGCUGCUAUAUUCACACAUUUUUUACACCAAGGGUGUCAUUUCCUCAGAACAAUCACCUUUACGUGUUUUGGUGAAUGGGGGUAACUCUGGUCCUGGAGGCUUGACACAGCUGGGACAGGGACUGGGGACUGGGUGCGUGGGGCUUCAAAUCACCCAGGAUUGUGUUCCCUCCGCUCUCUCUCUCGUGGGUCUUUUUACAUGUCCGACCUGACUGCUUUGUGACAAUGGAUUACUUUCUGCUUUUAUGCAGCCUCUUGCUGCCUGUGGUGUCCGCCGUUGAAGAGACGCUGAUGGACACGAAGUGGGCCACGACAGAAUUAGCCUGGACUGCACACCCUGAGACCGGGUGGGAAGAGGUGAGUGGCUAUGAUGAUGCCAUGAACCCCAUCCGAACGUACCAAGUCUGCAAUGUGCGUGAGGUCAACCAAAAUAACUGGCUACGCAGUGACUUCAUCCCACGAAAGGAUGUGCUGCGUGUAUAUGUUGAGAUGAAAUUCACAGUGCGUGAUUGCAACAGCAUUCCUAACAUCCCAGGUUCCUGCAAAGAGACCUUCAACCUCUUCUACUACGAGUCUGACUCAGACUCAGCCACAGCCACCAGCCCUUUCUGGAUGGAGAACCCCUAUGUGAAGGUGGACACCAUUGCCCCAGAUGAAAGCUUUUCCAUGCUUGAGUCUGGGCGGGUAAACACAAAAGUCAGAAGUUUUGGGCCAUUGUCCAAAGCUGGCUUCUACUUGGCCUUCCAGGACCUUGGUGCUUGCAUGUCGCUCAUCUCAGUGAGGGUAUUUUACAAGAAGUGCUCCACCACCAUCGCCAACUUUGCCGUUUUCCCAGAGACAGCAACUGGGGCUGAGGCCACCUCCUUGGUCAUUGCGCCAGGAACUUGUGUCCCCAAUGCUUUGGAGGUGUCUGUGCCAUUAAAGCUUUAUUGCAACGGAGAUGGAGAGUGGAUGGUUCCUGUAGGAGCCUGCACCUGCUCGUCCGGUUUUGAACCAGCCAUGAAGGAUACCCAAUGUCAAGCUUGCAGCCCUGGCACCUUUAAGUCCAAACAGGGAGACGGCUUCUGCUCGCCCUGUCCAGCCAACAGCCGUGCCAGCUCAGGAGCAUCCAGUGUUUGCUCCUGUCGAAACGGUUUCUACCGCUCAGACAGCGAUUCCCCCGAGUCCUCCUGCACCACUGUUCCUUCCUCACCACGGAGUGUAAUCUCCAGCGUGAACGAAACCUCGCUCGUGCUGGAAUGGAGCGACCCACGUGACUUGGGUGGCCGUGAAGACAUCUUCUACAAUGUCAUCUGUAAGAAGUGCCUGCCUGAGCGGGGAAUGUGCUCGCGGUGUGAUGACAACGUUGACAUCUCGCCACGCCACUUGGGGCUGACCCAGCGUCGUGUAGCCGUCCGUAACCUACAAGCCCACACACAGUACAGCUUCGAGAUUCAGGCAGUCAACGGUGUUUCCAACAAGAGCCCCUACUCACCUCAGUUCUCUGCAGUGAACAUCACCACAAAUCAAGCUGCGCCGUCUGCAGUGCCCACAGUUCACCUGAUGGCGGCCACAGCGAGCACCAUGAGCCUGUCCUGGCUGCCUCCAGAGAAACCCAACGGAAUCAUUCUGGAUUAUGAGAUUAAGUACCAUGAGAAGGAUCAAGGUGAGGCCAUCGCCCAUACCAUGACUGCCCAACGAAGCAACGCACGCAUUGAAGGUCUUAAGACUGGUACGCCUUAUGUGGUACAGGUCCGUGCCCGAACAGUAGCAGGUUACGGCCGUUACAGCAGCCCAGCCGACUUCAGCACCAACCUGCAAACCGACCCCCCAAAGUCAUGGCAGGAGCAGCUGCCACUCAUCGUUGGAUCAGCCACUGCCACAUUGGUCUUCAUCAUUGCAGUUGUGGUCAUCGCUAUCGUCUGCCUCAGAAAGCAGAGAAAUGGUUCAGAGUCGGAGUACACAGAGAAACUGCAGCAGUACAAAUCCCCUAUAGUAACGCCGGGAAUGAAAGUCUACAUUGACCCCUUCACCUAUGAGGACCCCAACGAGGCUGUGCGCGAGUUUGCCAAGGAGAUCGACGUCUCCUGCGUGAAGAUCGAGGAGGUCAUCGGCGCAGGAGAGUUUGGGGAGGUGUGUCGUGGUCGCCUCAAGCUGCCUGGGCGUCGAGAGAUCAUCGUGGCCAUCAAGACUCUCAAAGUGGGCUACACUGACCGCCAGAGGCGAGACUUCCUGUCUGAGGCUUCCAUCAUGGGCCAGUUUGACCACCCCAACAUCAUUCGUCUGGAAGGUGUGGUCACCAAGAGUCGGCCAGUGAUGAUUGUGACUGAGUUCAUGGAGAAUGGAGCACUGGACUCUUUCCUAAGGCUCAAUGACGGGCAGUUCACAGUGAUCCAGCUCGUUGGCAUGUUGCGUGGUAUCGCAGCAGGCAUGAAGUACCUGUCAGACAUGAACUACGUGCACAGAGACCUGGCUGCCCGUAACAUUUUGGUCAACAGUAAUCUGGUGUGUAAGGUGUCUGACUUCGGCCUAUCUCGUUUCCUCGAGGAUGACGCAACAGACCCCACCUACACUAGCUCCCUGUAUUUCAUGCUCACCUACUCAUUCGCAUAUCCACAGGGAGGAAAGAUUCCCAUUCGCUGGACGGCUCCCGAGGCGAUUGCCUACAGGAAGUUUACCUCGGCCAGUGAUGUUUGGAGCUACGGCAUUGUCAUGUGGGAAGUGAUGUCGUAUGGCGAGCGGCCGUACUGGGACAUGAGCAAUCAAGAUGUGAUAAAUGCAGUGGAGCAAGACUAUCGACUGCCCCCACCCAUGGACUGCCCCACAGCACUGCACCAGCUCAUGUUGGACUGCUGGGUGAAAGAGAGGAACCUGCGACCCAAAUUCACCCAGAUUGUGGCCACGCUGGAUAAACUUAUCCGCAAUGCUGCCAGCCUCAAGGUGGUCACCAACAGCGCACAGUCCACUGGGGUAUCCCAGCCCUUGCUUGACCGCUGUGUACCAGACUAUACCACUUUCACCACUGUGGGGGACUGGCUGGACGCCAUCAAGAUGAGCCGCUACCGUGACAACUUUGUCAACGCCGGAUUUGCUUCCUUUGACCUGGUGGCCCAGAUGACAGCAGAGGACUUGCUUCGGAUAGGGGUAACGUUGGCCGGCCAUCAGAAGAAGAUUCUCGGUAGCAUUCAGGACAUGAGACUACAGAUGAACCAAACACUUCCUGUCCAGGUGUGAGCGACAGGACACAAAGACCGAUGCAGUCAAAGGACAGCCAGACGGGAAAAGGGGGGAGGAACUGUGCCAGAGAGAGCCAUUGGAAAACCCUAGCUGCCUGACCCAUCUCUGCCAAUUAGAUGCUAUGAAACUGGCUUGCAGUGCCUCUGACAAUUUUUUUCAUUAUUUCACUACCACUUCCUGUUCCUGCUUUUUUGUUAUUCGUCAUUGUUUCUUUUUCCAUCCAAUGAGAAUUUGUGUGUUUUUGAAAGAGGAAGAGUUAACCCCCUUAUAUCCCAUGCGUGCCUCACCAGCUCUGGUGUGGGUUGACAUUUGCAUGCAUGUGUGUUUUAGUGAGGUUGGCCUUAGCCCUGUAACUGAAAUAUCACACUCUAAUCCUCACACAGCCCCUCCCCGUGACCUCUCAAACCCGGCUUUGAUGGACAUAAUACAUAGUAAAGAAUGAACACCCUGGUAUAAAAAAAAGUGAACGAAUGUUCACACCCAAAAAAACAAAAAAAAAAACAGAGGUGUUUUGGACCCACAGGAGAUACAGGGCAAUUUUUUCCCUGAUUGAAGUUGUUUUACUGUGCACGCGUGUGUCGUUCUCCAUCUUCAUAUUGAAGGUGUGUUAUCUAAAAGAGCACCUGCUGGAGAAGGGUAAGGUGGUGGAAGAGGAUAUAUAAUGGGCUGAGGUCAAGACGAUGACAGAGGUCAAAAAGGUCAAAGGAGGGUAGCCACAUUUUUGGAGACUUGUUAUGGCUGAUGAAUCCUCAAUAGGUCACCAGCUGACCUCUUCACCCUGACCUGAAGUGACUCAGGAUAGCUCCACAGCUUGGGAUCACCUGCUCAUCAACUGUGUUUCGACACAAAAAAGUGUUUUAUUUUUGUUUGUCCACACACUUUUUUUUCCUUUUUUUUUGGCUUUCUUACAUAUUUUUGGGAGAUUUGUGGUUUCAAAAUGGCCGAUCAAACCUAAGUACCCCCACUGGACGCUUCAUGUGAUUAAGGGGAGACAAGGACUGUGGCAACACUAUAGAAAGACCACUUGGCCUUUUGUGUGCGUUUUUUGUAUGUGUGCGUGCGCAUAUGUGCGUGUAUGUGUGAUUAAGUGUGCUUGGAUGUGUGGGUGUGUCAAGUUGCACACAAGUAUAUUGUACAAUACAGCUUCCGCUAAUUGCCACCGUGGAGAAUUAACGCAUGAACUGAACUGUGACAAGGAGCAAAUAUAUCUGAAACAAUUACGCUAUAUUCUGUGGACAACUGUUAAACAUUAUUUUUAAUUGAAUACAAAAAAAAUGAACUUAGGACUUACAUGCAUAUAUAUCUAUAUAUGUACCAUGCAGAAACUGAGAGGAAACCAUAAUGGACACCUUACUUUCUACUUACUAUCAUCUGGAUUUAGAAAUAAUCAAAAUUCUUAUUUUAAUAUCUUGACAUCCUGCCCUAUGUAUUUAUUUGUACCUCGCCCACCAGCCCCACCCCCACUAACACCCAGAUGGACUGUAUUUGGGACAGUGGACUUGGAACAAUCAGAAGGAAGAGAGACUCCAAAAGGAUUCGCCUAAUGAAUUGCUGAUUAUUAAACAAAAGAAAUUGCAUAUAAAUUGGAUAUUGUAUUUUUGUUGUUGUUCUAAACAGCCUGUACAUGUUUUGUAACAAAAAUACUAUAAAUAACAAAAGAAAAAUGGUGUUUUGACAAAAUGGAAGUGUUGUUGUGAAAUGUUUGAUUCAGAGUGAAAUUAACAGAAAGCAAAUGAAGAAGAAAGUGAAUGGAGAAAGUCAGGAAGUAAAGAGGAAGAGAUUAAUAACACCCAUGGUUGGACUACAUGUCGCCCUUUUGCUUCCGUCCAUUGUUGUGUGAGUGCUUGUGUAGGUGUGUUCAAGUUUGUGUGUGCCACCUGAACUGGAUAUUUAGCUUCCCCAAUCCAUUCUCAUUAUCAACAUAAAGAACAUAUGUGAAGCACUGAGCUGUUACUUAUCAUCUUCUAGGCACAAUUAUUUCAACUCAAACCCUCCUGCAAACUACUCAAAUGCAUCUCUCUGGUUGGCCUAGGUUUUAAUUGUACUUAUGUACCAUCACCUCCAACAAUAGGGUCCUCCCAACCCAUCUUAUGUUGGACUGUUAAGGAGUCAUUAGGGGGAAGAUGAUGCAGCCUACCUGCCAAUCAUUUCAAUCUCCCCAGUGGCUCCAUCACUAGACCUGCAGUUUACCUCCCUGCAACAGGAUCCCCGUCAGAGAAUCCAGAGCUGUCAAGAGAAACGUAUUGGUCUUUGUCUGCCAGGUCGAUUAAUGCAGCAGCUAUUCUGGCAUUGCGAGGAUACGAGCAUCCAGCGAGCGCAGACAUACGGUGUUCUGACCUAUCAUUAUCUCUCUUCAUUUCCUCUCUGGCCUGCAAUCAUCCUGUCUCAGCUCAGGCUGCUGCGUGAUUAGUACAGUGCAGGAUCAACAGCCCUGGCACGCAGACAGACAAAAUCUGCAGACCCCCACAUCCUAAAUGAUAGCAGCUGCAUCACGGAGACCAUACUAUAUGCACUUCUCACAGAGGGGUGUUUGAAAGUAGUGGAUUAAGGGAUGGGGCUGCACCACUGGUGUGAUCUUCCAGACAGUCUUCAUAUUGUUUGGGUUGGAGCUGAUCAAUGCAAUAUGUGAAUAUUAUUAGUUAUGUGUGUAAUAAUAGCGUGAUGAUAGCGGCCAUGCAGUGUGUCUUUCCAUAUUACUUUUGUCAGCCUCUCUGAAGUCCCUUCAAAAGCCAUGGAGGAAAUUAUGCAAAACAACAAAUGUGUUUCCCGUUUUAUAUUGUUUCAUGUACACAUACAAACUUUUCACUACUGCUGGUACAUUCUGUAAAGGGCUUACUAAUCUGUAACAGUUGUAGUACACAAUCAAGUAGUAAUUUACCUGUUGUGUACUCAAACUCUACAGGAAAUAAGUCUUCUAUCGCUUGAUUGUUUUCAUCAGUGCAGAUGCCUGACACAAUGGCUGAGAAUCACAAAUGACUGUUGGAUAAGCAAACAUUUUUAUUGAUAUCAUUCUGAACAGAACUUCUUUCUUUUUCCCAAAGGAAAACAGUCAAUGUCUACUUUUGGAGAUGAGAGAAGAGCAGAAUUAAUGCAAUCAGAAGCUCACUUUUACCCAAAGUCUCCCAGGAAUAUACAAUGUUACUCAGCUCAAUCAUUCAAUCAGCUAAGCCCCACUGUUACAAAGACCCAUGUGGCACCAAAAAAGACACUGAUGAGCAUACAAAUAGAGAAGGGGGGCAUAUGGAGCUAAACACAAUCAGAUGGCAGACAUGCCCACUCAUGAAAAAUGGCAGUGCUUUAGAGCUUGCAUGAACUAUUUAUGAGGUGCACAUGGUGCACUGGGGUCUGGAGUUGUGCUCACCAAAGUCAACCGGCUGUGAGUGAUGAGCUCAACUGGCAGUGUUGCACAUCUUAAAAUGAUUAAACUGCCACAUCAACUGAAAACAAUUAAUCUUUAAGUGGAUUUUUCACACAUUUAUUACAUUUAAUAUUUAACAUUCACAGAGAGGAAAUAAAAUUAUUCUUUCUGCACAUGUUUGCUGAAAUUAAGAUGGACUGUUAUGUUUGUACGUGUGUGAAAAAAAAGGAUAGUUUUUUUUUACACAGAAACACUUUGAUCAGCAGAGUUUAGGCUUCGUCAGAUGUGGUUAUCUCUUUGUGUGCCAAUAGGAUUCAAACUUUCCCAACAUUCCUUCCACCUUUCUUUCUCCUAUUUUACAUCCUUCACAGACCGUCAGCCACACCCACCCACCCUUCCCGAUACAAAUACCCUUCACUAACAACUUUUCUAAUUUUCUUUUCUUCAGUUGUCUGUUUUAAAUAAAUAUAUACAGUACUGUCUUUUCUUCCGCCCUCUAACAAGCUCACUCCACAUCUGUCUUUUGGUCACUUUUGAAAACCCCCUCUUCAUACAAGGAAGCGAUGGGGUGUUUCAGAGAGUACUGUAAAUGUAUAGUGAACUGUGAGGGGGGACGGAGUAAAGCGCUGAGAAAUGCAAUUGUUAAUUCCUCUUUGAAAAGCAUUAAGAUGUAUUUAAUGGUGCAGACAUACACAACAAAUUACUAAAAAAUGAUGAUGCAUUCUUGUAGAAAUAUUUUUAAAAGACCCUUUUGCAAUUAAAUUAUUUAAGAAAUGUGA